AUGUUGAGUGAUGAGAUCAGGCCAUUGUUCCUAGAGAUGCAGAGGAUUGGUGACCGUGAUGAGUUGGAUGCUCGCAAUUCAGCAGACAGGCCUGAAACAGUCUUCGAGGCUUGCACCAGACUGUUCAAUGACCCUGAAAAAGAAGUGUUCUCUCAGUGCUUGCCAGACUUACAUUUUACUUUUGCUGAAGUUCUCGAUUGUUCUCUGGAGAAGAUGCCGGGGCUGGUGACACCAGACGAAGUGAAGCGCCGCUGGGGUGACUGUCGUGCCAAGCUGAUCAAGAUGAUUGCAAAGUGGGAGCUCAGUGGAAAUGGUUUCGGUCAACGUUCGGUAGGAGAUGAUGCUUUUGGUCACAUGGGAGAGGACAACAUGGAGUGUGGCGACAACAGGGCAAACUUCUUGGAUUCCCAAACCAAGGAACACAUCCUGUAUCUUUGGCAUGUUUCCGAUGAGCAGCAGGUCCUCAAGAACGUGAUGUGUGUCAUCGCUGAAUCUUCCGCGGCUUCUUCUGAAGUUUGUUCUUCGGUUGCCGGAACAGACCAAGCCACUGCUGCCCGCAAAAGAAGAGUCGACGAAAGGGCCCUUGGAUUCUUCCGUGCCAAGAUGAGUCUUGCAAUGCAUACAAUGUCCCGUGCUGCCAUCUUCAAGGAACUCCGCGAGACACAGGAAAAGCUUUUCGAGGCUCAACUCAGAGUCAUGGAGGUCACCAGCAUCGAACUGAGCCAGCUCUGGAUGGGUAGAGUCAGUUAUCUCGAAGCCCAAGUUGAGGCGGUGAAGGAAUGCUUGAACAGUUGGCUAUCGAGGAAUCGCUCAAUCCUCCUAAGAAGAAGAAGAAGGCUGUUGCUUCUAAUGCGCACGAGCUGCACUUGA